AUGAAUAAUUCAAAUAGCAAACCCAAGUAAGAGUUUCACAUAGUUACAAAUAUGAAGAUGUACUUUCAAAAAAAUAUUGGAUAAAUGCUAUAACCUAAAGAAGACGACCCUCAAAUCGAAAGUUCCUCAAAAUCAGACUAUGUUUUAUUACCUGAUUUAAAAUCAAUGGUGGUCAAUCUUAAUCAUUUAGAGAGUGAUUAGGACAAUCACAUAAGUGUUAAUCAAUCUAUGAGAACACUUUCAUCUACGGCCUCUUCAAGUAAUUAAUUAAAUAAUUUUAGAAAAUUAAAUCCUAGUACUCAGAUAAAGUAUUUCCAUAGAAUCAUUUUCCUUAGACUCUGAGUGCGAAGAAUUUUCAUCCUAUUGA